UAUUAUUAUUUUGUCAUCAUAUGAAUAGUGAAUGGAAAAUGCUUUAUCUUUAGCUUAGCUUCAAAGGAAGAAAGCAAAUGGCAAUGGCAAUGGCAAUGGCAAUGAAUAAAGCUACCCUUCACUUGUUCUCAUUUUAUGUCUUCCUCACAUUAUCAUUAUCAUUAUUGCUUAGUCCCACUCCCUCAUUUGCUGCCAAAAAGUCUUUUGUGGUGUACUUAGGAUCUCAUUCCCAUGGAGAUCAAGCUCUGACCUCCAUUGAUUAUGACAAAGUUGCAGACUCCCAUUAUCAGUUUCUUGGAUCCUUCUUGGGAAGCUCUGAGAGAGCCAAAGAUGCAAUCUUCUAUUCCUACACCAGACAUAUUAAUGGGUUUGCUGCAAUUCUUGAAGAUGAUGAAGCUGUUCAAAUAUCCAGGCAUCCCAAGGUUGUGUCUGUGUUCGAGAACCAGGGAAGAAAAUUGCACACGACGAGGUCUUGGGAUUUUCUGGGGCUGGAGAGGAAUGGAGUAAUCCAUGGCAGCUCUCUGUGGAAGAAGUCCAGAUUUGGGGAAGACACCAUUAUUGGGAAUCUUGAUACUGGCGUAUGGCCGGAGUCAAAAAGCUUCAGUGACGAAGAAAUGGGACCCGUCCCGACAAAAUGGAAAGGCAUUUGCCAAAACGACUUGGAUCCUACCUUUCAUUGCAACAAGAAGCUUAUCGGAGCUCGAUACUUAAACAAGGGAUACCGAGCCGUCGUCGGGGAUCUAAAUUCGACAUCUUUCCACACGCCACGGGACACCGAAGGCCACGGGUCGCACACAUUGUCGACGGCGGGUGGGAAUUUUGUGCCCGGGGCAAAUGUCUUUGGGUUUGGGAAUGGAACGGCUAAAGGCGGAUCCCCGAGAUCCCGGGUGGCGGCCUACAAGGUGUGCUGGCCUCCCGUGAAUGGUAACGAGUGUUUCGAUGCCGACAUAUUGGCUGCCUUCGACUUAGCUAUCCAUGACGGCGUCGAUGUCCUCUCGGUUUCUCUUGGAGGAGAUUCCGCGCCGUUUUAUAAUGAUAGCGUUGCCAUCGGGUCGUUCCAUGCCGUGAAGCAUGGGAUCGUAGUUGUUUGUUCCGCCGGGAACUCGGGACCGGGAGAUGGUACCGUGUCGAAUGUCGCGCCUUGGCAAAUCACGGUCGGGGCGAGCACCAUUGACCGGCAAUUUCCGAGCAUCGUUGUGUUGAGAAACAAUGUUAACUUCAAGGGUGAAAGCCUUAGCGUGAAAGUGUUGUCGAAAGGGAAGUUCUUCGGCUUGGUAUCGGCUAGAGACGCCAAAGCCGCUAAUGCAUCAGCCGACGAAGCGGUACUUUGUAAGCCCGGAACUUUGGAUCCUAAGAAAGUGAAGGGGAAGAUCUUGGUGUGUCUUCGCGGGGACAAUGCAAGAGUCGACAAAGGCGAGCAGGCUGUGCUAGCCGGAGCCGUAGGAAUGGUCUUAGCCAACAACGAGGCAUCCGGGAACGAAAUCAUCGCAGAUCCUCACCUCCUCCCAGCGUCGCAUAUCAAUUACACCGAUGGAAUCGCUAUGUUUUCUUACAUCAACUCGACGAGGAAUCCAAUGGGCUACAUUACUCGACCGGAAACUCUCUUGGGCACAAAGCCGGCUCCAUUCAUGGCAGCAUUCUCGUCGAAAGGGCCUAACAAAGUUACUCCAGAAAUUCUCAAGCCCGAUAUCACAGCGCCGGGAGUGAGCAUUAUUGCAGCGUACACAGAAGCGCAAGGCCCGACAAAUCAAGACUUCGACCUACGCCGUGUCCACUUCAACUCGGUAUCCGGCACGUCGAUGUCUUGUCCACACGUCGCCGGUGUCGCCGCCCUCUUGAAAACCCUCCACCCGCAUUGGAGCCCCGCGGCUAUCAAGUCCGCGAUCGUCACAACGGCGAGGAAGCGCGACAACACGAUGAAGCCGUUGACAAACGCAUCCUACGCCAAAGCCACGCCGUUUAGCUACGGGGGAGGGCACGUGCAACCCAACCGUGCGAUGGACCCAGGCCUCGUCUACGACUUAACGUUGAUCGAUUAUUUGAGCUUCCUAUGCAACCUCGGCUACAACGACACGCAAAUCAAGCUUUUCACAAACGGGCCGUACUCGUGCCCGCACGAGCCCUUUAGUCUCGUCGACUUGAACUACCCGUCAAUCACGGUCCCGGACCUCAAUGGAACCGCAAUCGUGACGAGACGGGUUAAAGACGUGGGAUCGGCGCCGAGCACUUACAAGGCGCGUAUCCGUAGCCCGCCCGGGAUAUCGGUUUCGAUCGAGCCAAGCGAGCUCGAGUUUAAGGGUGUGGGAGAGGAGAAAGAGUUUAGGGUAAGUUUGAAGGCUAGACAUGGCGGGAGAAAGGAAGAGUAUGUGUUCGGAGAGUUGAGAUGGUCUGAUGGUAGACACUUCGUAAGAAGUCCAAUUGUUGUGAAACAAAUAGGGGGUUAAACACAGACUCAAUGUUUUUGUUUUGGAAUAUUCUUACGAACUUUUGUGUUAUUUGGACAACAGAUUUGGUUCACUUCAAAUUUGUGAUGGAAAUUGAAUUAGUGACAUCCAAAUUUGAGUAACUGUCUUUUUU